GCCGACACGGACCGGCAGUGCUCGCGGGGUUUCAGGCAUGCGCUCCCCAAAGCCAGGCCGAAGAGCUCCCGCCCCCCGCCUGCGGAGGUUUGGCUCUGGCGCUCGCUUCCUUUCCAGCGGGGAGGACUUCUCUGGUCGGAGACGGAGCCCGGACUGAGCCUCAGCCAGGAGCAAGCCGAGGCGGGGGCGCCCAUUUCUCGGGCUCGGAGCCUGCCUGGGGCCCCGCUCCGCACCAAGCGGGCCGGCCGGGGGCGGGUCUCCCACUCCCCCAGCGGCCAUCCAGUGCCCGGCUCAGAGACCCAGCCAGGAGGCAUGUCUCUCCUCCCGCCACGGCACCUUGUGCAAGCUGUCCGGGGCCACCAGCGGCUUGGGGUUCGGGGCAGGGGGACGUCUUCCUUCCCGCAAAUCCCUCCCAGAGAGGAAGCGUGGGCGGGGGUAAUUAUACAUAUACGGGCAAAAUGCCUGGCGUGGCAAGCAGACGCAGCGGCAGAGGCGCAACGCGAGGCCCGCCCCCCACGAGUUGCUUGCUGUUAGCCACGGACACAGUCUUGGGGUCAGCAAAUCCCUAAACAAAGGCAGUGAACACGUCUUCCAUUCCUGAAGAUAAAAUAACGUAGGCUGAGUCCACAGACUAAAUACCUCAUCCAGUCCCAGAGAAUCUGAUCAGAAUCUUAAAACUCUCAGUACUAUGAAAUCCUGCUGCAACCUGCAUCCUUUUAGGAAUCUUUCACAGUGGGUGGUCUGCAGCGUCCUGCUGUUCUUGGGCCUCUCCAGCUCCAAGCCCACCUACCGAUGGCGAGAUCGCCAGACCAACGAGAUCCUUGUGUGCCAGCAGUGCCCACCGGGGACUGCGGUGGCCAAGCACUGCACAAAAAGUACGCCCACCGCUUGCCAGCCGUGUCCCGAGCUCUACUACACGCAGUACUGGAACUACCUCGAGAGGUGCCUCUACUGCAACAACUUCUGCGACCAUCUGGAAGAAGAGGUGCAGCCCUGCAGCGCCACCCACAACCGCGUCUGCCAGUGCAAGCCCGGCUACUACUUUGAGUCGGAUUUUUGUCUGCCCCACACCGAGUGCCCCGCAGGGAAUGGGGUCACUCAGCUUGGCAGCCCGCAUAAGGACACCGAGUGUGCACCAUGUCCUGCUGGGACCUUCUCCGCAUUCAGUUCCAGCACAGAUGUAUGCCAGCCACACCAGAACUGUUCCAUGCAAGGCUUGGAGCUCCUCGUUCCUGGAAACCCAUUCCGUGACACCCUCUGCACUUCUUGCAGCUUCAGUAAAGCCAACAAUCCCGAUGAUGAUUCAAGUGAUGGAUCCGGAUCUGAGGAUUGCCAAGAGGCUGUGAUCAACUUUGUGUCCUACCGAAUCAAAUCCCGGCAAAGGCUGCUGCGAUUGAGGCGUGCCUUCAUCAAGGACGACCCACAGGACUGCAACAGGAGCCACUUGGAGCUCCAGAUGGAACUCCAUGCCUACCUCCUGAAUCUCAAGAACACCGAAGGGAAUGAAUUUGUAAUAAAGAAUCUCAGGGAAGUGCUAAACCACACAAGGUUCGAGCCUAUACGACAUGAAAUCCAGAAGCGUUUCCCCUUGGUUUUAUAAGGCUCAGUAGAUGCCCUUGGACUUGAGCGGUGUUAAUUUCCAGAACAAGCAGGCACAGGUCAGAGAAUGAUGCACAAUGACCUCCACACUCAUCUUUGCUGUUCUUCCCAUCAGCAGACAGGGCUUCCUCUGUCUGGCGUCUCCUGUCAUAUGCAUCAACAAUAAGGGUCACAGUCAAUGUUCCCUCUAACGGGGAUUCCCAGAUGUUGUUGACUACAACUCCUAGAAUCCCCAGCUUCAAAGGCUUUUGCUUGGGGAUUAUAAGAGUUGUAGUCAAAAACAUCUGGGAUUCCCUGUUAGAGGAAACCAUGGUCACAGUUUAGAUGUAGUAAGGACUUUUUAAAUGAAAGGCAAAUGUUUUUAUAUUAUCAUUUUUAAAUUUUGUGUAUUGUUGUUGUUCUGUAUGAAUUUUCAUGGGGGGGGAAGAGGGAUGCACUGUUUUUUAAAUAAUGUAGACAUUUUGUGCAGCAAAACUGUCCUCUGCACCUGUGAAAGGCAGCCCCAGGGCUGUUAUGGAGACGGGGGUGUUGCAAACCUUCUUAAAACAGCACGUGAGAACAGUCCCAUUGUUUCCCCUGAAGGAGGCACGGCAGAAAUGCCCAUGUGCUGUUUGAGGUCACUGUGCAACUUCCUGCCUCCACAACACCAGCGGGGUGGUCUUCCACAUUGCCAGUGGGCCGCUAAAGCCAGUAUUCUGCUGCCCAGCAUGUCAGCCACACUGCUUGUUGAAGCCAACACGGUCAGAGAAGAUAUUUCAGUCACACGACAUUGGUGCGUGGUGGGGAAAACCGAGCUGCCAUCAUCAAAGCUGGGUGUUUCUAUGUCAGGUUCCGGUCAAGCUUUCUUGAGGGUUCCCUUAGCUGCAGCACCUGCACAGAGGUAAGUCUGAGCCAUUUCAUCCCCGACAUUUUUAAUGUCCAGUUCCUCUUCUUUCACAGGGCUUGAGCUCCAGCCAGCCAAGCUCCAAGGGCAGUGAGGGCGGCCCCAGUCCUGCUGUUUGGGGCAAUCAGGGCACAGCAAGUUUUCAGGGGCAGGCGGCUGCUGCUUCUUCUGACAGCCGGCACUUCUGCACUUCUGGUGCAUCCUUCUUGAGGUGGGGGGCUGUAGCUGGGGGCUGUAGCGGCGGCGGAGGGCUCUUAAGCCCCCCCCGCCAAGAAUCAAGGGCGGCCCCCUGCUUAGAGGCUGUGGGUGCGGCCUCCCUCAGCGGCGCCACGGACACGGCAUAAUCAAGCGGCCGCUCCCGGGGGCUGUAGUGGCGGCGGAGGGCUCUUAAGCCCUGCCGCCGGGGAUCCGAGUGCGCCACGCAUCCACAGAACACCCGCAAGAGACACGGACGCAGGUACCUUAGGGUUUUAUUAUAUAGGAUAGACAGUGCAAUGCAGGGUUUUUAGAAGGCUAUUCCCACUCCUGCCUGUCUACUGGGAGCCCCCCCAUCCCACCACAUAUGCCUUCACCCCUCCCCAGCUCCAGCAGAACUCAGUGGGCAAUGCUCACUUCCUUUCUGCGGAGUCAAAAGGGCUGCCCACGUUGUGGUUUGUUUCCAAUGGGAGCUGAGAUUCUCCAGAGGUUUUAAUGCGACUCCCCAGUGCCAUACAGUAUGCUUUUUCUACCGAAUGGCAAUUGCUUUUAAGUGUUUUGAGAGUGGGGGAAGGGAGGCAGAGAAAGGGCUGCCUUUUCUGUCGCUGCUCCUGGCCUGUGGAAUCCACUCCUGGCAGAUAUUUGUAGUUUGGGCUCACUGUCGGCCUUUAAGAGAGCCCUAAAAAAAAAGUAUUUGUUUGGACUUGCCUUCCAAGAUUUUAAAAUUGGUUUUUUAAAAGUAUUUUAAUAUGUUUUUAAAUGGAAAUGGCUCUGAAUGGUUAAAAUUGUCUUUAUGUUGUUUUAAGUAGUGUGUUUUUAAAUGGUGUUUGUUUCAAUGUGUGUGUGUGUUUUUUAAAUUUGUUGUGCACCCCGCAGAGCCUUUGGAUCGGGCGGUCUAGAAAUGCAAUCAAUAAAUAAAAAGGUCUAGAUCCAUGAAAAAA